AUGUUUUCGGCUUUCAGAAUUAGUCACUCACCUGAGGUGACAUCCCUCAUCAAGAAGCAUGGUGUUAACGAUGCACUAUUUAUCAAGAAUCUCGGGUAUUUCACCCACAUCGACCUCAACAAGAUUGGUGACCAGAGCUUCACUGCCAUGAGCGUCGGCGUACGUAAGAUCGCGUCUGGUUUAAGAGACCCCAUUGGCUUAACUGCAUCCGAGUAUGCCGUCCUGGCCUUUUGGUCAAACCUUCUCGGAAAGCGUGCACGUAUAAUAUAUGAGGCACGAGAGAAGACCGGGCCGUAUUCGAAGCCUGACCUAGACUUCAUCCGUUGGACUGUUAAUGCCAUGAGGAGGGAGGUUGCGACAACAGAUACAAUGUUGGCUGAAUUCUGUACAGAGCAUGGAGAUAUCCUGGACGUGGAGUAUGAGAUGCGCACCGAAGAAGGGAUGAAACGUCUCUUGACUGGAAACGUGAAGCCUCAACAAGAGUACAGAUCUGGAGAAGAAAAGGUGGCUGCUCGAGUGAGUGUGCUUGAUUCUCUUCCCAUCGAGGAUCAAGACAUGGAUAAGAUGACAGAUCCAAAACAAAUCAGCACGCUGGCUGGAGUAGACAUGGCUAUCUCGCGCAUCAACGCGUAUAGAGAAAGGCUUGAUAGCGAGAGAACUCGUCUCGAGAAUGAUGUAAAGGCUCUUUGUCAUGAUAAAGAGUUCGCUGAAAAGAGACUCAAGGCAUUGAAUGAGAAGCGCGGUUAUCUCAGGACCGAGAAGCAGUAG